GGUGAGCUAAGAUCGGCAGCUUGUGUCUCGAUUGCAGGAGCUGUGCGCCGAUACCAGGCGAACCGUUACAGUAUGACUCUGCUUCCAUACAUCCUCAUACUCCUGUACGCAGAGUCAUGCUUGUGUAUGGGCCCCUGGGUAUUGAGGUGCCCCUACACGCCAGAUCAGAAGGACAUGCCCCGCGUCUGGUGCAAGAGGACCUCUGCCGAGUGCUGCUCCGGUAUUUUCUUCAACAGCAGCGUGUCCCAGCUGGAAAACGGCGCAGUCAUGGUGCAGCAGGAUUCUGGGACCUAUAGCCUGAGAAUACUGCAGCUCUCCCAGGGUGAGGGGGUCUACUGGUGUGGACUGCUGAAUACUGAAAAUUACAUCAUCAAGCUGGCUGAGAUGGAGAUACAGCACGACCUUCUGAAUGAUGUGUGGUGGAUUCUCCGCUGGAUCCUGAUGGCAGUAUUAUUGACAAUAAUACCUGCCAUGCAGCUGUGCUCCUGGAUUAAGGAAAAAAACAAAUUUGGAGAUGAGGCUAUGAAACUCGAAUCACGGUCUGCUGCUUCACAGAGGGACUGGGAUUCCUGAGAACAAAAGCUGAAUGGCUGUAAUAUUUACCAUUUUGCCCAGUAAGAAAGAACCAAUUUAAAAUGUUGCAUUAAUUUUUAAUAUAAUGUUCUCAUGCGUGUCAGGUCAAAAUGCUUUUUAGAAUUAAAUAAAUAUAAUAAAUGUAAUAAAUAAAUCUACUGAGAAAAUUGUUUAUUGCUUUCAGAUUUUAUUUAAUUAUUGAGUUAUUUCUUACUGGUUUAAUUCAAUUAUUUGUUUAUAUAUUUAUUUUGAUGCUGCCGUACAUGACAUGUAAAAAGCCUUGAAAUGUAAACUUUCACAUGUAAGACAUAGAGGUCUUGAGUGCUUCCAAAAGACCUGCACCUAGUGGCUGCAGUUUGGAGCAACCAAACAAUGAGCCACAGGUGGAUGAGUGAAAGGAAAAAUUAUUGUUUUGACAACAAUUGAAGUUGUCCAGUAUUGCUUCACUAAGUAACUUUACGGGAUGGCCGUCUAGGGGCACCUUUCCCAAAAACUCUCGUUAGAAACUUAUAUAGUUGAACCCAUUCAGUUGGCAACUAUGCUUUAGGGAAACAUAUCCCAGGGAGAGUCACAUAUCCCAGGGAGAGUGUCAUAUCCCAGGGAGAGUCACAUAUCCCAGGGAGAGUCACAUAUCCCAAGGAGAGUCACAUAUCCCAGGGAGAGUCACACCGCAAUGAGAUAUUCAGAUAUUCUCAUUUGUAGCCUGCUGCACUGCAGAAGUUUCUCAAAGUUUGAAAAUACAUUUUCAUCAGAGUUGUACGCAGAAAGAGUCGCCACCACUGCAGUUUCUACUGACGCCCUUUCAGUCGUCUCUCUGAAGUCUCUUAUAAGACGGGCAGCAUCCAUUUCAUCUGCAGUAAUAAGUAUUUUUCAUUCCAAGGCUAGUAAGCUCUUCUGGAGGAUACAUUCCCAGACCUGCCACAGAUAGCUGAAACCAUGGAUGGUGGCAAACUAUCUGUGGACCCGUAUCAGGUUAACCAACUUUGGUCAGCUGGCAGGCGUGAGACUUUCAGUUUGAGAGAAGCCUGCUCACACAUGCACAUGCAUUUACUUAUAGUUAACAGUUUAUUACCUUGUAAAUAGUCUGUAGGGUUUUCAAACUACCGCAACGCUAUUGAAGUAGCGUGCCACAAUGGAAUAACAUAAAUUCGCCCCUUCCAUGAGUCCUCACCUUAUCAUGGUGGAAGGGUUUGUGUGCCUCCAUGAUCUUACUAGCUGUGUUGUCCAGGGCAAUUGCCCCAGUUAGGAUCUCCUGGGGCAAAGACAAAUUGGUCCUAAGUGAGCAGCUAGGCUAAGUGUGAGCACCCCAAUGAUAAUAAUACAAUGGACCAUAAUAAUACACUACCUGGACUGGACCCAUCCUCCAAAAGCCUUCAUCUCACUGUGUGUUCAGAUGCACUCACACCUGCCUGCUGCCAUUCCCGAGCAAGCUCUGCACUGGUGGUGCCCCAAUCCCAAAGCUGAAUGAACUUUAGGAGACGGUCCUGGUGCUUACUGGCCUUUCUUGAGCGCCCUGAAGCUUUCUUCUUCUCAACAUUCGAUCCUCUCUCCUUGAAGUUCUUGAUGAUCUGAUAAAUGGUUGAUUUAGGUGCAACCUUACUAGCAGCAACAUCCUUGUGUGUGAAGCCCUCUCCUGGUGGGGGAUGAAUUUGCUGCCUCAAGCGAAGCACCGAACAAAAAACCGGUAUUCACCAGGGCCCUCCCUCAAACCUUUGAUAGGUGAAAGUGUCAGUGUGCAUUUCAAGGUUUAUUUCAUGUCAUAUAUGGCAUUAUUGAAAUCAAUCAAUCAGUUAAUUAAACCAUCACGAAAUAGCUCAAAUAAUUAAAAUCUGGAAGAAAUAUACAAUUUUCUCAAUAUUCAUGCUCACAUCUCAUUAACAUUUAUGUAUUGCCACAUUACACAGUAUAUUUUUCGAUUCAUACAUCUGUUUUAUUUAUGUUUAGUCUGAAUAAUGCCUCCAUAGUUACAAUCUUGUUAACAGUGUUUGAAACGAUGCACAUACCACUGAAUUUUGUUUUUAAUAUUUGUAUUUUCCAGAAGGGGGCAGUAAAUAUACAAUAAUUGCUACAUCCCUAUAAACAUUAAUCCUACAGCAAGUUUUAAUGACAUAAUUCUACAUUUUAAUGCUAUAUUUAGAGAGAAACUAACUGCUGUAAAUAAAAUAAUAUGACAAAAUAAUGGCAAAUUGUACGAAUUUAUUCAGACUAAUUGUCACAUUCCACCCAUGAAAGAGGCAGGAGCAGGCGUGAGGGCAAACCAAACG